CGGACUUCCGGUGGUGCCUUUUCUCGCUGGAUAACGAUGGCUUUCCCAGAGUUUACAUCGGAAUAAUUAAAGUGGUUGAUGGAGACCGUCCCCGUUCCGUCUGCUCUCGCCUCGUGUCUUUCCACGUUGCUUCCCUGCGGCUUUGCCGUGGGGCCUUCACGGCUCUGUGGGGGCAGGAUGGGGCUGUGGUGGGUCGGCCGCUCGCUGGAGGCUGGGUCCCUGCUAGGGAAGGAGGGGGACACGGAGUGGGCAUCCAAGUAUCACACUGACCCGAUUGCUCACGGCCGAGACGGUCAACUCCCGAUGAACUCUGAGUCCAGAGCGGGUCAGACCAACAGUUCAGAGGCAGAAGAGGUGCUGAUGGAGAUCGCAGCAAAUAAAGAAACUUUCCUAGAAAGAGCCGUCUGGAUCAAAUUUGCCUGCCAGGCGCGAAGCCGAGGCCAGCAGAACGUGGCAGUGCAGUGUGCCUGUGGAGAGGUGUGUGCGGGCGAGUGUGUGGAUGUGCGUCUGCGUGUGUGUCAGGACAUCCAGCCAGGGACAGAGCUACUGUUGUACGAAGACGCCGUGAGAAAAAGUCAGACGACAGCCAAACCUGAUGCACAGGACAUCUCCACAGGACGUACAGAAAACAAAGUGGAACCAGAGACUGCAGCUACCAACAUAUCAAUUGUUCAAGAGAAGGGAGAGGAGACAGAGGAUAAACAAGAGGAAGAGGAGGAUGAAGAACAGCACAGAAACCUGCACAGGUGCAUCAAGAGGAGUCACCUGACCACACACCUGAGGAAGAGGAGAGCCGCCAAAACCACUCAUACUCACACAGACAAUGAUAAUAUCACAACAGCAGGUGGACACACAGACAGGACAGGUGGACACACAGACAGGACAGGUGGACACACAGACAGGACAGGUCCAGCUGCUGUGGACAGACAGUCACACUGUAAACCCACAGACAGACAGACAGACUCAGGAGACCUCUCUGCACCUCCUCCCGUCCGCUGCAGCUCCCGCCUGGCGGCUAAACCACGACGCAUUCACUGUCUGAGCAGCCGGGGGAAGCAACCCCCUGCUGUCCUCGACCCACCCGGACAGACAGAGGGACAGAGCCAGAGCUCAGCUGAGGACGACACGUCUGUCACAGAGAAGGAGGUUCCCAUGAAGAUCUCCCACCCUGAUGCUGAGGAGACCGCAGCAGCACAUGAUGCCGGGGCGACUCUUUCACGGCAUCCAGAGGUCAGAGAGAGGCGGUACAGAUGUUCCAGCUGCGGGAAAAAGUUCUACCAGAUCGGUCACUUAAAGAAACACCAGUUCAGCCACACAGCAGAGAAACCCUUCAGCUGCCAGGAGUGUGGGAAGAGCUACACCUCUGCAGAGAGCUUCAGAGCACAUCAGAUGAGUCACCGUGGAGAGCGUCCCUUCUCCUGCCCUCACUGUGAGAAGACGUAUGGCUUGAAGCGGGACCUGAAGGAGCACCUGGUCCUGCACACCGGGGAGAAACCUUACGUCUGCGAGCACUGCGGCAAAGCAUUUGCUCGCCGCCCCUCCCUACGCAUCCACCGCCUCCUUCACUGCAGCAGGAUGAUUUACACACAGCCUCCUAAGGUGCAGUGUACAAUCUGCCACAAGCUGCUGGCCAACUCGGGCUCUCUGAGGAACCACAUGAAGCUCCACACGGGGGAAAAACCUCACAUCUGUCAGCACUGUGGGAAGUGCUUCAGUCAGAAAGGGAACCUCGAGUCUCAUCUGAGGAUUCACAACGGGGAGAAGCCGUAUCCCUGCACCGAGUGCAACCAGAGCUUCUCCCAGAAACCAGACCUGCGCCGGCACAUGUUCUCCCACACCGGAGGAGGUUUCCUCUGCAGCUACUGUGGGAAAUCUCUGAGGGACCCGCACAGCCUCAAGUCCCACGAGAGGCUGCACACUGGAGAGAGGCCCCAUCGCUGCCCUGUCUGUGGAAAAGGCUACACUUUGGCCACAAAGCUGCGGAGACACAUAAAGUCAUCCCACAUGAUGGAGAAGCCGUUCAGCUGCCACUGCGGCGCUUCCUACACUGUGAGACAAAGUCUGCUGAGGCACCAAGCUCGGCACCGGGCCGAUGGAGGAAGUCAGGAGGAGGUCAGGGCGGAGGAGUCAGAGGGAGGUCACAGAGAGGAGGCGAAGAACAGCAGCACAAAGGACGUGCAAGAGUCAGCGGCUUCAUGCUCAAGUCACCCGAAGCCGAUCAGAGGCAGACCCAAGAAGAACUCACUCCCUCCAGGUGAGGGAGAGAAGGAGGAGGGUCAAGGGAAGAGGAAAAGGACACAAGGAAAAGGGGAGGAAAAGGACGCGGGGAAAGUUCAAGAGGCAGGAGGAGACGAGGAGGCGUCAGGUAACAUCCAACACGUCGUCUACAUCCACACAGACAGCCUGUCCACGCCGAGCUCCGCCCCUCUGCUGCUCACCUCCGAGAGCUCGCUGCCUGCAGGGACGGGGGAGGAGCUGGUGGAGGUGGUGAUAUCAGAGGGCACAGAGCAGUGCAUUGUGGUCCACGGGCAGCAGCAGACAGUAGGAGAGCUGCUGAUCUUACAGGAGGAGGGGAGCGGACUCUGCUCUGUGGCGCAGACAGUCGAGAUAAACACAGUGUAGCCUAAACAAACAGACUCUGGAGAGAUGUUUCAGAGACGUGAGAUCAUCUCAGCUGUUCAAAGCAGAUAUCAUUAAUUCAUCAUGUGCAGUACGUCUCUGUCAACGUCACGACCCACUACAAGUGCAUCUCUCCAGUUUAUUAUUCUUUGUAUACCCCAGAUGCCUUUUAGCAGCCUCCACAGAACAGAUGUGAACUCAUUAGAUGUUAUUAGCUGCUGGUUGUACACCUAGGCAGGGAGAGCAGUAGCAACAGCGACUGUGAUGUUUCCCAGUCGAGGACUAGAGAACUUAAAGUCCUGCCCUAUCCUUCUGCCUCGCUACGAUGCCAGCGUGUUCUUCUGUUGGUGUAGAGACUGGUCCCUGAGCCUCUUCACUCAGUCUUUUGUUGUGCUUGUUGAACAUCAGCGCUCUUUGAUUCGGAGUGGCUGACACCCAAAGCUGACAUCUACCGUGGAUGCUUAAGAUAAAGCAAACACUCGAGCUGUCAGCGUCCAUUUGAAGAUGUGCUGAGAAUAUCUCAUGAUGUCGUCUGCAUUUAGUCAGUUUAUCCUCUGGAGUUAAAGCAAAUAAAACGGCAAAAUACAGUCAGAGAUGAAA